UUCUUCUCAUAUUCCUAACCAUAACAAAUACCAAACCCCUCUCUCUCUCUCUCUCUCCCCCCUUCCUUUACCCAUCUUCUUCUUCUUGGGUUGAAGGGCUCAAUUUCUUCAUCAUAUUUGCAUACAUAUAGAUACAUACAUAUAUAAUUAGGAGGGUUUUCUACUAAAUGAACAACUAAUUUACCUUGGAAAGAGACCAACAAGAUGCAGUCUGAUCCAAACAUCUCGUCGACCGCUAAGGAUGAAGACCUCAGCGUCCGAAACAGUACUAGUAGCUUAUCAUCCUAUGUACCCAACUGGAUGGGUGGUGACAGCUCUCCGAUGACCAUGUCUCCAUGGAACCAAACCUCACCUUUCAUCAAAUCUCCAUGGACCAAAUUUGAAGAGGACACCCAUCAAAACCUCCCUCAAAACUUCCUCAUCGGAUCACUAGUCCGCGAAGAAGGCCAUAUAUAUUCCCUGGCUGCCACCGGCGAUCUCUUAUACACCGGCUCCGACAGCAAGAACAUCCGGGUUUGGAAGAACAUGAAGGAAUUCUCGGCCUUCAAGUCCAACAGUGGCUUAGUCAAAGCCAUUAUAAUCUCCGGCGAGAAGAUCUUCACGGGCCAUCAGGACGGCAAGGUUCGGGUGUGGAAGGUUCAUCCAAGGAACCCUAACAUCCACAAGCGCGCCGGAAACCUACCCACCUUCAUGGACGUGUUCAAGUGCUCCAUCAAACCGAAAAACUACGUGGAAGUGAAGCGCAAUCGCACCACCCUCUGGAUCAAGCACUGCGACGCCAUUUCGUGUCUUAGCAUGAGUGAAGAGCAUGGUCUUCUGUAUUCAGCUUCUUGGGACAGGACGUUUAAGGUUUGGAGGGUGUCGGAUUCGAAGUGCCUCGAAUCCGUGAAGGCACACGAGGAUGCUGUGAACUCGGUCGUCACCGGUACAGACGGCAUGGUCUUCACCGGCUCGGCCGACGGCACUGUGAAGGUCUGGAGGAGAGAGAUGGUGGGGAGGGUGACAAAACACACCUUGGUACAGACACUGCUUGAACAAGAAUGUGCUGUGACGGCUUUGGCUCUUGGCGGGUCGGGUUCGGUUGUGUACUGCGGGUCAUCGGAUGGUUUGGUGAAUUUUUGGGAACGUGAGAAGCAGUUGUGUCACGGUGGGGUCCUCAAGGGGCACGAGCUGGCGAUUCUGUGCCUCGCCGCUGCAGGGAAUCUGGUGUUCAGCGGAUCAGCGGAUAAGACGAUUAGUGUGUGGAGGAGGGAUCGGACGGUUCAUACGUGUCUGUCAGUGUUGAGUGGUCACAAUGGACCGGUCAAAUGUUUGACUGUUGAGGAGGAUAAAUCACCGGCUGGUGAUCAAAGAUGGGUGUUGUACAGUGGGAGUCUGGACAAGUCUGUGAAGGUGUGGAGCGUUUCGGAGUCCGCAUUUGAUUUGAAUCAGAUGGUCGAGAAUCAACAAUAUAAAUCCCAAAAUGAGAAUGUGAAAUGGGAUUCUAUACCAGAAGCGAAGUAGAGUUACAACUGUAUUUACAGUCUUUUGAUAGUCUGUUGUUUAAUAGUCUUAUAAAUUUUGAUGAUUUAUUGAAAUGCUUGAUGUAUAUAUAAUCAGUUAUGUAGUUUGUAUCAUUUAUUUUUUAUUUUUUUUUUUUUUCGUGGGAUGUCUAAAAUAUAUGUUCAUACUAUUCUUAUUUCUUAUACCAUAAUAUUCUCAAACUUUUGACUAAACAGGUGCAA